UAAGCUCGGAUGAAAGCUGUAAAUAAACAGUGAAUAUACUCGCCGCUCUAACUCGAUAUGACGCGAAGAUACUGCGAAGUAUCUCUUUAGAAUACUAGUUUGAUAGUGGUAUCAAGACAAUUGAAUAUAAUCACAGCAGAUAUAUAAGUAUAGAAACACCAUAUCAACCCUAUCUACUAGAUAUCUAUUAAUUACCUAGGUAAUAAGAAGAAGAACAAGGCUUGACACUGGAAUAAACCGGAGGCAAUUGAUAUACCAUCACGUGAUCAGAUAUACCUUACUAAUAGCGAUGAGCUUCAAGAACUACAACCACCCAUCUCCCCGAGAGAACAAAUGGGGUUCCCAUCGUGAUAAAAGGCCUGUGCCGCCACCGAGAUGUCGGAGGUCGGAUCCCUAGCACCCGCAGACUCUGUCGCAGCUGCCAUCCACGACGGCAAGAAGCACCUCCUGCUCGCCGCGAGCGGUUCCGUCGCGACCAUCAAAUUACCCCUCAUCGUCUCCGCGCUGCAGAAUCACAGUGACAACCUCUCGAUCCGAAUCAUCCUCACGAAAGCCGCGGCCGAGUUUCUCAGGGGCCAGACCGCGGAACAGCCUACGGUAGCGAGUCUAGCGGCCCUCCCGGGCGUGGAUGGGGUAUACCAAGACGAAGACGAGCGGACGGAUUCCUGGACACGGGGCGCAGGAAUCCUGCACAUAAACCUUCGGAAAUGGGCGGACAUACUGGUCGUCGCGCCGCUGAGCGCAAAUACCCUCGCUAAGAUCGUCCACGGGGUCUCAGACUCGCUGUUGACAAACGUAAUACGCGCAUGGGAUACCUCUGGGCUGGUCGAUGGUGUCAAGAAACGGAUCCUGGUGGCCCCCGCCAUGAACGCAGCCAUGUGGCUGCACCCCGUCACGGCACUGCAGAUUCGAGUCCUGGAGGAGGACUGGGGGGUCCGAGACGCAGAAGAUCAUCCACCAUACGAUCCGACUAAACAGGGCUGGUUUGAGGUCUUGAAACCUAUCGAGAAAUCGCUUGCCUGCGGAGACGUUGGGGUGGGGGGGAUGCAAGAGUGGACUGAGAUCGUGACGAUUAUUCAACAGAGAAUGGGUCUUACUUCCUAAUGUUAGGUAGUUGUUUAUUACGAGCUCUACGUACUACAUGGCCUGCUACCGACUACAGAGCGCUAGAAUGUCCUGGUUAAGCUUAACACUGACAAGCAUUCGAGAACUAACCACAGAUCAGCCGCUAAAUAAUCCAUCUAUGAAUUCACCAGCCAACUGUCCUAUUCUAAAAACAUUUCACUGACACCCUGAAUUCAACCAUCUCUGGCUGCUUUCUCACAACAAAGUGCUGAAUAGCUAUGCCUCUAUCCUAGGCAGUAGUUACCUAUGUAGUAGUUUGUUAUUUUCGCGGGUCCUCCAAACCACGUGAUCAUAGGGAUUUUCCGGGUCCGAGCGA